AUGGUGGUGUCGGAUGAGGAAGACGACGGGGGCAAUGCCGAGGUCAAGCGCCUCCUCCGAAUGCCCCGCUACUUUGACCCCGAGUUUGACGACGCAGGCCGCCGAUGCUUCAAGUGCGGGCAGGCAGGGCACAUGGCCCGCGACUGCCCCAACCCCGCUCGCCCCCGCCCCUGCUACCACUGCGCCUCCCUGGGGCACGAUGCCCGGGAGUGCCCCAACACCCUCUGCUUCAAAGCUGAGGGAGGGUGCACCUGUGAGUACAUGGAGGAGGACCUGGCACAAGUGCGGUGCUCGACCUGCGGCCUCAGGGGCCACCUGUCCUGCGCCCCGGCCCCCGACACUCGGGUCCUGCCGUCCUGCUACAACUGUGGUGCAGGCGGCCACUGCGCCGCAGAGUGCCGGCAAGACGUCCCGGGGGCGGUGCGGAACGAGCGGAUACGGCGCGGGGCGCCUGCCCCGCAGUACCAUCGCCAGGAUCCAGCGCAGUACCCAGGCUUCAGCCGGUACUCCGCCGCUGUCUACCAGGAGGAGCGCUGGCGGGGCCGCCUUACUAUGGGGAGCAUGGGCCAGUUCAGGCCAACCAGGUCUGCCACUGGGGACCUCCUGUCGGCGACGUCCAUGAGGUUAGCAACCUUCUACAGCAGGUCUCGCAAGGGCCGGUGGUGUAAGGGCGAGACCUCUGGACACUUCAUCAAGGUGCUGAGCGUCCACCUGGACUGCGAUCGUGACUCCCUGAUCUAUGUGGGCGACCCCAUCGGCCCGGCCUGUCACACCAAUGCCCCCACCUGCUACUUCACGACCCUGAAGCGGGAGGAGGACGGGAAAGUGCGCGAGGCAGGCACCCACACCUCCCGCGCGGAGUCGCCGCUGCCCACCCUCUUUGCACUGGAGCGCAUCAUCGCCGAUAGGAGGGCGCAGGCCGCAGUCGAGGGGGCAAAGCCGUCUUGGACCGCCAAGCUGCUGAGCAACCCCGAGCUGCUGUGUAGCAAGAUUCGCGAAGAGGCAGGGGAGCUCUGUGCCACAUGGGAGGAGGACGAGGGCCGGGAAAGAACGGUGUCAGAGGCUGCUGACCUGCUCUACCAUGCCAUGGUUUUCCUCAAUCACCAGGGAGUGAGCCUGGAGGAGGUGAGCGCAACACUGCGUCAGCGCUUUGCCAUCUCUGGCUUGGUGGAGAAGGCAGCGCGGAAGAAGUAG